AACACGUGCAUGUCCAAUUGUCGGUUUUUCUUUAAAUUGUACGUGUUACUGUAAAGCUGACAUUAUGACAAAUAACUGCAGUCUACCCUCAAACAAUAUGAAUCCUCCACCACCAUGCAUGUCAAUGUCGCCAAACUUUGCCCACCCUCAUCAUGGAUUUGGACCACAACAAUAUUGGCACCAGUUUUAUGGUAAUAAUGGUCAGCAACAAUUCUCAAAUCACCCACCAAUGCAGUCAAUGUCACACAUUCCAAACUUGAUGCAAAUGACAGGGGGCUUUCAAAAUAUGAAUUCGAAUUGUAAGAGGAAAGCAAACAAUAUUUGGUCACAGCAAAGUCAGGACUUAGAUAAUGACAGAAAUGGAAUUGGAAGAGGACAAAAAUUCAUGCAAGGUAGACAAUUUCAUCAAAAUCAAUCAAAAUGGAAUAGAUAUGGUUGCCAGAAUGAAAAUAAUAGGAAUCAGAAGAAAAGCAAAAACCAACAGAAGAAAGAAAAAGUUGACAAAAGAGAUUUAGCUGAAAAUAAUGUUUUUUAUUGUGAUGCUUGUGAUAGAGGGUUUAAAACAGAACAGGUUUAUACAGAACAUGUUGACAAUCAUCAGAAGUGCUCAUAUAAAGGAUGUUCAUAUGUUGCUGCUCCUAAAUUGGUAGAACUUCAUUGUAAACUGCAACAUAGAAAUGGAUAUGCUAAAAAAAUUUGGUCCUUGGAAUCAAAAGAAGAUGUUGAAAAUUGGAUCAAGGCUAGAAAGAGUAAUUACCCUACUGCUGCCAAUAUUACCAAAAAGAAAACGUUAAAUACUGAAAAGAUCCAAAGGGGUGAGGUUCUUGAAACAAAACAAUUUGGAAAGAUGAAGGGAAGAGGGAGAUAUGAUAAGAGAAAUGGAAAUGGUAACUGGAAGAGAAAGCAUUCAGAUAGUCCUGAUUGUCAGGAUAAUAAGAAAAGGAAGACAGAUUAUGAAAAAAAUGAAUCUUUAACAGAUAAGAAAGAAGAUGAAGCUAUCCGAGUUGACGAUCCUCUUUCUAUAUUAAUACAUUCAGCUACACCACCAAUCAGCAAAGAUUUAAAUGCAGAAAGUAAUAAUGAUACAUCAGAGAAACAGUCUGUAGGGUUAACAUCUAUAUUAACUUGUUAUGGUAGUGAUACAGAUAGUUCAGAUCAUGAUGAAGAAGUGACAACAGGACCAUCAGAUGAUAAACAGAUAAAAGAAAUUCCUACAACAAUAUAUGGUAAAUGUAUAGACACUAUUGAGAAUAAAACUGCUACAGCCUGUAAAGCUGAUGAUAUAGAAAAUAAAGAACAGAAUAAAGAAAGUGGUAAUUCGAAAAGGAAAAGAAAUAGGAAUAAAAAGAAUGCUACUUAUAAUAAUGAACCCAGGAAAAAGAAACCAUCUCUACUAGAAAUGUUAUUGGCAAAAGAGAUACGACAUGAAAGAAAUGUUAUUUUACAGUGUGUACAUUAUAUUGUUAAAAAAACUUUUUGAAGAUGGAAAAUCUUAAUAUCAUUCAAAUAAACAAAAAUAAACUUU